AACUGGUGCUUGGAGCGGCCGGACAGGUUUUUGUUCAUAUCAAUGACUGUGGGGACCCUGCAUGGGUCCCUCCUUUACACCAACCGCCGUGGUGUCCCCGUUAUUCGAGAAAUAUUUAACCUGGCUCGGACGAAACGUGUUAAUUGUCGUAUUCGUCUUCUUUCGUAUCUUUUUUUCUUUUUUUACGAAAUUUUGUGGGUGUGUCAGGACGUGUGUUACCUGCAUGUGUAGUGAGACUUCUCUGAUUCUAUCAUUUUAAAUAGGAGAAUGUGUGUGGACGUGUAAAGAAAAAGACUACUCAGAAAUUGUUGACUGUGGACACGAACUGGAAAAUUAAAAACCGCAACUCCUAUCCGUGUUUCUUGUUCUCCGAUGUGUUUGCGGUGUUCAUUUGACGUAUGGCGGUUGGUGAUUCCCGUUGAUAAGACGAGUGAGCAGUUUAUAAAAGAAAGAAACAAACGGCUAGCUCAUUCCAUAGUUUUGUGUAGUCAGCGUACACAGCCCAUUGCAACUAUUCGCUCAGUAAUUGAUUUCUUGGUGGUACGUUUUUAAAACAUACGGAAGGGGAGGAACUUCAGAUUGGUGAUUCACGUGUGUUUUGUAACCCUCGUUACCUCUCGCUGUACACUCCCCUCCACAACUCAAGACAAGGACAAAUAUAUACAAUGAAAGCCACACAGUAGACAUGCUUUUCCAGUUACAUUCGGUCGUCUGUGAAGCAUUGUUGUCAUUUGUAACUAGUUUUACCAAAACGACGGGUGUGUCUAAUGAUUAUUGUCGUUGACAUGAGAUGAUGGCUGCAUUGUUGCGACUAGGAGUUUCAACAGUGAUGGAUAUCGAUCUCAAUUGCAGUGAGACACGUCACAAGACGUGUUAUGAAGAUGACAUUGUUGUAAGUGACAGAAGGACUAGUAGAAGGAAUUGGUGUGGCUUUAGAAAGUGUCCUGGGUUCGAACACGGUGGUUGUCGCAUCAGUUUGUGUUGGACGGCGUUUUUGAUAGUGAUUAUUGUGCUUUGGUGGUGUCCAAGCUCAAGUUUCGGGAAGCCAGUUCCAGGAACUCUUGACGGUGAUCGGAGAGGAUUAGGAAGAGAUGAGAGUGGCCGACAGAAGAGGGCAAUCAUUGGCGAUAAUGUGCACCGCUAUCUAAUGGAUUUCGGCUACCUGCCUCAGUCUGACUUGGAAACUGGCAACCUGAGAACCGACGACCAACUCCGAGAUGCCAUCAGAACUUUGCAGACGUUCGGCAGCAUUCCGGCAACGGGCGAAAUGGACGACGCUACUGUAUCGUUGAUGCAGAAACCUCGGUGUGGCUUGCCCGACAUCGCGUCCACCCACUUCCGCAGCAAGCGCUACACACUUCACGGCCAGAAGUGGCACUACACCAACCUAACGUGGAGCCUUCGGACCAUGAAUCCACGUGGGCUCGAUCCUGGAGUGGUACGGGCUGAACUGUACCGGGCGCUGGAUGUCUGGGCACAGAAUUCCAAACUUUCCUUCCGUGAAGUCAACGAUGAUCGGGCAGACAUUUUAGUAUUUUUUGAAAAGGGCUACCAUGGAGAUGGCUAUCCAUUUGAUGGGCCGGGGCAGAUUCUAGCACAUGCUUUCUUUCCUGGUGGUGGUCGGGGAGGUGAUGCCCAUUUUGAUGAAGAUGAAACGUGGCUUCUGUUAGAGGGGGAUCACCACCAGGGCACGAGUUUGUUUGCAGUAGCGGCACAUGAGUUCGGUCACUCCUUGGGUUUGUCCCAUUCAUCUGUGGCUGGGGCUCUUAUGUUUCCGUGGUACCAAGGUCUCAAACCAAACUUCCAACUGCCAGAUGAUGAUCGUCACGGUAUUCAGCAACUGUAUGGCCCUAAAGAUGAUCGGAGAGUGUGGGAAAUAAUUCCUAAUUACAGUCCACAUCCACCAAUAAAUUAUCCUACUCAUCCACCAUAUCCUAGACCACCACCAGAGUUGCCCACACAACCACCUAGACAGCCACCUCAAACACCUAGAGAACCACCUAGACAGCCACCUCUAACACCAAGACUGCCACCUACAAGGUCUGACCCUGUUCCUCCUGAGAAGCCAACAAAGAAACCACACGGGAAGGCAGGCAAACCUGACACCUGCGAUACAAGUUACGAUGCCAUCUCUGUUAUUAGGAGGGAGGUGUUUAUCUUCAAAGGAAGGUACAUCUGGAGGAUUGGGGACAGUGGCUUAUAUGCAGGAUACCCAGCAGAGACGCACAGAAUGUGGAAUGACUUGCCAAAGAAUUACACGCACAUAGAUGCGGUUUAUGAGAGAGGAGACAAGAAGAUUGUAUUUUUCAUUGGCAAGCAGUAUUACCUCUACAAUGGUAAUGAACUUGGAGAAGGAUUUCCAAAGCCCCUCACUAACCUUGGUCUGCCAGAGUCACUGGAGAAAAUUGAUGGUGCCAUGGUGUGGGGACAUAAUGGGAAAACAUACUUCUUCAGUGGAACCAUGUAUUGGAAGUUUGAUGAAGACAUUGGGAAGGUGGAAUUGGAUUAUCCACGAGACAUGUCCAUGUGGAGUGGUGUUGGGUAUAACAUUGACACUGUUUUUCAAUGGAAAGAUGGGAGGACAUAUUUUUUCAAAGGAAAGGGCUUUUGGAAAUUUAAUGAUGGACGGAUGCGAGUGGAGAAUGAACAACAAACACUUUCGGCACCUGUUUGGAUGGGAUGUCCACGUGAAAUGGAAAGGCCGACAGAACCAAGCCACCUACUUCCUCCUAAAGAAUUGGAUAUUCAACCACUACCAUCACAGUCUAACACAAUCUCUGUUUGUGUAAAUACAUUACUGACUGUGUUACUACUACACUAUGUGAUCACACCAAGUUAUCAUUUUUAAUAGUAUCAGAAUGUUGUGAACUUCUGUUUCCAAAUUUGGAAUUCUUAUAUUUCUGUGAUACAUUUGAAUGGUUGUAUUCUUGUUCCUCGCGAUUUUGAAUUUUUCAUAUCAGGAUGGAUACUUAUUUCAUAAACACUGGUCUUUGUUUUAAAAGUAUUGAAUAUUAAUUACAGGAUGACACCACCAUAAUAUAAUAAUAUGCACUGUCAGAUACAUCAGUCUGUUUUAAGGGUAUUGAAUAUUAUUUAAAGGAUGAUAUUUCUCUGUGGUAUAAUUUACACUGUUGGAUAUGCGUACACCAGUCUUUAUUUUAAGUGCAUUGAAUAUUACUUUUAAUGAUGAUGUUAGUAUGGUAUAAUUUACACUUUUUAUAAAUUACCUGCUGCUUCACAGACAGUGAACCAUGUUUAUUUUACUACAUCUAAUAGGUAUCCUCUCAUUUUACCUGAAGAGGAAGACAAAGCCAGCCAGGCAAAAUGUCAUUUUGUAUCCACAAAGGACAGCAUUUUCUCAUUUUUAUUUUAAACCAGUCGGAAAACAGAACCUCAUUGAAUUUACAUUUUUCAUAAUUCUGCCUUCUCUGAUUUUGAGGAUGUUAACAUAAUUUCUUAUGCAGAGUCUUUAAUCAUAACUUGAGUUAAUAAUAUGAAGACUGCAUGAUCAGUGUACAUAAUACCUUUGGUUAAAUGUAAGACAUACACAUUUUGGAAACAUUGCCAAUGUGUGUUUACUGCUUACUGCAUGGGGUUGUAAUUAUAGUUAUUUUGAAGAUGGUGUAAUAUAUCCCUCACACCCAUGUAUGUAAUUUUGUGUAUUGCAGGCUGUAAAAUUACAAAUUGUUAAUUGUAAAGAAGGAAAAUUCAGGCACUUGCUGUGUCAGAGUAAGUCAGCAUCACUAAAAGACCCUCCAUAUUUAGGAAACCCUUCUGCCUAAGUUCUCACCAUUAAAUCUUGUAAGGGACAUUGUGGUUUAACUUCAUGCACUCUAGACCUCGAUGCUAGGUGGAGGACAGAUUAACACCGAUGCCAAGGAUCAAACUCCUGGUCCUUGUUGGAUAAAAGGCUGGGUUAGCCCUCAUGCAGUCUGCAAGGUUGUGAAGAGAAAAAUGUCAACCUUUGAUGGGAGUCCUGCCCUGCCUGAUCCAGUUUUUGCCAUUCACCUUACUGCUGUGAUGGCUAUUCAGGCUUGUGGCAAGUCAUUGUGCACCAUGGAGUAUGCCAAUACAUGGACACCAGUAGACAUGUCAUUAUAAGCCAAACUGACGGUGCCAUCUACAUGCGAAUGAGUUUGAUUUUAUAAUCUACCAAACCACUGGAAAAUACAAGUAGCUUCUGAAUAGUACUGAGUCGAAGGUAGGAUUUGGGAUUCUAUUAUGGAAUGUGUUUUUGAGUUAUAGUCAUCUUGUUCAUGAUGGGUGACUGAGUUUGGACAAGUCUCUUCUGACAUACGCUUUUCAGGUGAUGUGGGUCACUUUCUUGAUGUGUUUGGGAGGUUGAUUGCAGGGAGUUUGGAAUUUCAUUAUUCGAGAAUAUUGUGGUUAUUGUAUGCAGAUUGUGUUUAAAGUACAAGGUCAGAUUUUUCACUGUCAUAUGAAUGACAGUGGCUAGUCUAGCUGUCUGUAAUUCCCACAUUGACAGAAAUGUUUAUGGCUAACCCCUUAUGUUGGCAUGUAAAUGGCUACAUGUGGAUGACCAAUGGCUACUUUAAAUGUGAAUCAUGUUUUCAGUUUUGUCAAAAUGGAAGUUGUGUAUAACCAUCAGAUGCACAGGGCAGUGACUUGAAUUUUCAAAAGUAAGACUUGCCUGUGAUCCGUUGUUCAUUUAAAUUAUUAACCUAGGUUGUUUGAGAAACUGGUCAUGAGGUCUCAUUGUUACCCUGUACCAACAUUCCAAAAAGGGCUAAGAUUUCUCAGGAUCUGAGCUGCAUUGUCAUAGCCUCUCCAGCUAUCAGUUUCUAAGCUCAUUGCAUUGCUUGUUCUCACUUCCUAUCAUGUGGUCUCAUUCAGUUGAAAGGUCAACAUAAAGUGACAGGACUGCACAGUGCGUAAAGUUGAACAGUUGACGAAAUAGCACAGGGAAAACAUACAAAUGCUGAAACGGCUUGGAUUAAUAUGAAAACGAGGCACAGUUUGAUAAAUCGGUCUUCAUUUUGAGUGAACAGAUCAAAGUAAGUGGAGGGAACCAAGUGUGAAAUUGUCUGAACAUUUAGCACCUUAUUGGUAAAGUCAUCUGGCAUUAUUUUAGAGUUCCUGUAAUAUGUGGUUUUAUUCUUGAGCAGUAUGACAGCUGUUUUUGUGUGUAGGGACUAUAUUCAGUAUGAAAGUCAUUUGUAUAGGGGGACAGUUUCAUGCAACAGAAAUCUUAUGAACUUACUUUAAUACAAAUGGUUAAAAAUUUGCUUGGAAAUUUAUGAACAGUUCUCAGAAAUAUGUUGGGGUAGUUGCUAGUAAAGAGAUUAGCUAUAGGCUGGAUUCUCAAACUAUUUUUUUGCUAGUUGGCUUUCUGUUUUGUGGGUAAUAGGGCUGUUUCCCUAAGGCAAAACAGCUGAAGCAUGAAACUGUUCACCUGCAUCUAGUGAUAAGGUUAAGAAGUGUAUGGAACUUACCUCCACUUUUGUGCGCAACUUUCAUGACAUGCUAGGCACAAGGAUGUUGCCUUUCUUUCACUUUUGUAAGUCGAGUAUGAUUGGUCACAGUAAUAUAAAAGUUCCAAAUUUCUCAGAACAAGCAUAAAUUUAAAAGCCACUGUCACAUCAACUACACUGUUUGACCCAGCUAUUAGGCCGUUACGCAUUGAGCGAUUAUAUUGAGUGGUGUGCAGUGAGUACCAGAAGUGUUUUAAUUUGUGAUGUUCCAUUUGUAUACCAGGAUAUGAAAUUGCUGGCUUUGUUCAUGGCUGAAGGGACUAUUCGGUAAGCAGUUGUCUACAAAUGUGGGAUGCUGUCAUUUGGAGUUUUUAAUGCUGAAAUUUACUUGCACCCAAGUGAAGGAUGUUAGGCUCCUAAUAUGUAUUUAUUUUAUGUCAUUUUAAGUAUAUUUUAUUGAUGUAAGCAAUAUAAGGUGUUUUUAACAUGGAAUUUUGUUCCUUAUGUCACUGGGAAUGCCAACACUUCACACUGCCAUCUACUAGGAGAUUUAAUUUUCCUCUGUUAAUGGUGAUUAAGCAAAUAACUGGUUUUAAUCUCCACAGACUUUGAAUAUGUGGUCUUGUUUUAAAAAUGAUGUUUAUUUAUAAUGUCACUCAUAUUACAUUACUUGUACACAUGCAGUUGCAAGAGAAUCUUGUCAGAAAAAAAGCAUACAGGAUAUAUGAAAAUUGUGAUCAUGAUUAUUAACGUUGGUGCCAAAGUCAUUCAAAAUGUAUAUAAUAGGGAAUUUAAGUCAAAAUUAUUCAUAGCAUUUUUUAUUUUUAUUUUUCAUGAUCAGUGCAUGGUAUGAAGGCAGUUUUUUUUUUUGCGUGGUUCAUAACACUAGUGGGCAUGAAUACAGGGAAGCUGAUUGUUGUGCUAUCUUGUAAGAUAGAAAACUGAUGUUUGGACAUAAGAACAAAGGUAAAACCAUUUAUGAGAAAUUAUAUUUUGAGCAUUGUGGCACCUAGGAGGACAGUCUGUAAACAAAGGCUUACUUUUACAAGGUGGUAUUCUCAGGUAAUAUAUAUGUUGCAUAAUUGACACUGAAAAUGCGAACAAAAUCUGCCAAAUUGCAAGUUGUAUUUAAACAAAAAGAAUUCACGCUGCAGUGUGUAUUGCUGCAAUGUGGUUUGGUGCAAGUUGAAUGAUUGUCUUUGUUGCUUCAGAAUUAAAAAUAGGUCACCAAUAUUUAUUUUUACUGUACUACUGUUUUUAUUCAAAUGUGUCUGUGUAAUGCUUCUAUAAUCUAGUGGGCAGUGCAGUUAAGGAAUACUGUUAUUCAGUUCUGUUGACUGUAUUAUACAUUAAAAGAAUGUUUGUGAACUGAGUUAUUGUAUUUUAUGCCAAAACUUGUAGGUAAAACCUAGAGACUGAGCAAAUAAAACUCUUCCGGCAACCAGAAAGUAGUUCUGCGGUAACAGCAUUGUUGCUUUGUAUAUCUAUCCUAGGUGCUAAGUGCUCCUGUAGUGUUUUGAAUGUGAUGAAAUAUGGUACUGUAAAGGCAGUUCUAGAUUGGUGCAUAUAUGUUGUCCAUUCAUAAAUGUAAAAUGGGAAAAAUCUGAUUUUGAAUUCCAUAAAAGUAUGUGAAGCAUCUGAAAAGUUGAUGUAACUAGGCAUGAUUAAAUACACUACCUUUUGACAUCAUAGUAUUCAUGAAAUCUGUAAUUUAUCUGAAGGGCAUUAGACUAGUUUUGUAGUAUCCAUCUUAUUUUUGUAUCCUGAAAGAUGUUCAAGGGGUUGUACUCCAUUUUCAAAUUAUAUUUAUGGCAGCAUUCUGACAGGUCUUUUGCAUAUUGCAUUAAACACUUGAUUAAUCUGAGAUGAGUUUGUAAAAGUCUUCUUUUUAUUUGAAUAGCUCUGUCCUGCCCCAAAUUAAGAAGAAUAUUUUCUUGUUUUUGAUCUGCACCAGUAUUUAUAACUGAAGCACUUAUGGUCGUCAUUUUGCACAUGGGCUAUGUACAGUUCCAGGCAGAAGGCAGAGCAUGUCAUUCUGCAAUAAGUGUACACUUGGAAGUAUUCUAGCAUAUUUUUUAGUAUGCAAAUAAUUCCAGUGAUCAUGCAACAUAGCUGCAUAUUUUGAAUGUCUAUUACCUGCUGUGAAUGAAGGGUAUUUUGUUUUUGAUUGUCACACGAUUUCAUCAAUAUUCAUUUCUCCCACUAUUUUAAUAUUUCACAACCAUGCAUUGCUAUAAGUGUGAAUUCAUGUUUAAACUAACAUAUUUUAAGAUGUCAGUAAUAUGACCUAAUACAAUAGCCUUUUCUGAAUUGCCAUACAUAUGCACAGAUAUCAUGAAGUUAAGCCACUGUUAAAUUUUGCUUCCAUAUUCAAAAGUGGAUGACAGUAUGUAAAGAGUAUUUUGUUUCAUACAGUAAACCACCAUCUCGGUAAUCUGAACUGUUGAAUUUUCAGUUUUCACAAGAAGACAGCCGUCUUCAUACUCUUAUGCUUUGAGAACUUUGAAUCUCAUGAAAUUUUCAUAAAGGAUUAUAAAGUAAGGUAUGCUUGUAAAUUGUAUUUGGCUGUGUGUAACAGGUAAUGAAUUAAAUAUAGGAUUUCAGUUUGUAA